AUGGAUAAACGUGUAAACAUUCGCGAUUAUUUACACCUUCCCGAAAAGAAAAGCGAUUUCGAAUGCGCAUCCAACCAGGAUAGGAUGGACGAAUUUUUGGAAGCGUUCACGCUCUACGACAAAAACGGAGACGGAUUAAUCGAUACCAAGGACAUUGGAACGGUCAUCAGGUCUCUGGGUCAGGUUUUAACGGUUUGCGAAGAAACGGAUAUAGUCGCACAAUUCGCUCAACAAAAUUGCCACGACGUGGAUUACAUUACGUUCGUUAAACUCAUCAAAGGAAAGUACAGACAGUUCGACGAAGACAACGAGCUCAGAGAAUCUUUUCGAAUGUUCGACAAAGAGGAAAAAGGUUUCAUUUGCAUCGAAGACCUUAAGAAAAUGCUCACGACCAUGGGGGAACCACUCUCCGAGUCGGAAAUGAACGAUUGGCUCCGCGACGCUUCCUCUUACAUACGUAAAAAAAAACUUUUCUACGAAGAUUUUGCCACUUUCAUGCUGUCCAAAUGA